AGCUGUCACUCGUCCUGACAGCGAGCCGCAGCUCAGCGGUGUGCGGUACAAACACUGCCCUACAUCUCAUAGAGACUAGAGACCUUUAAUUCUGACCACACGAAACAUCACACCUCGUUUUGUACUGGGUUUUUUAUUUUUUUUUGCUUUGAAAUGCCCAACCUGCAUCAAAACAGCUCGCCCUGUCUUUUAAACGGCUAAUUAUUAGUCGCCAUUGGGCUGUCAAUGUUAUUAGGCGUAUUUCGGUUUGCUGUAGUGCGCGUCUGUUUAGAUUAUAUCUCUUUGUUUAGAUCAGUAUCGGCGGACGCUGCGUGAUUGUCUUUAUUAUAAGAACGCCUUGCGUGAAUUACAAUCGGAGGCGAGCCACUAGAGGACACGGACACGCGCAACCAUGUUUGAAACCAGAGGAAUUCCCUUUAUAUUGCUUGACAUCGCGUGCCUGAUACUUGCUGGGCUCCCACUUGCGGCAUUUAACCUGGGUAAAAUCAAACCUUAUCAGCGGGGCUUUUUCUGUAAUGAUGAGAGCAUCAGCUAUCCCUUCCACAGCAGCACAGUUACCUCAACUGUGCUUUACACAGUGGGCUUCACAGUUCCCAUAUGUAGUAUGAUCAUAGGGGAAAGCCUUUCAGUUUAUCUAAACCGCAUCAGAUCAAAGUCUUUCUGCAACAAAUACGUGGCCUGCAUCUAUAAGGCCGUCGGCACCUACGUGUUCGGUGCCGCCGUAAGCCAAUCGCUCACGGACAUCGCCAAAUACUCCAUCGGCCGGCUGCGGCCACACUUCCUGGACGUAUGCAAGCCGGACUGGACGAAGAUCAACUGUACGGGAGGGGCUUACAUUGAGGAUUUCGUCUGCACGGGGGAUGCAACCCUAGUCAAUGAGGCCAGGGUCUCGUUCUACUCCGGUCACUCCUCGUUCUCCAUGUACUGUAUGCUGUUCCUGGCACUCUAUCUUCAAGCAAGAAUGCAAGCCGAAUGGGCUCGGCUCCUACGACCCACGUUGCAGUUCUUCCUGAUCGCUGCAUCCAUUUAUACGGGACUGUCCCGCGUCUCAGACUACAAACAUCACUGGAGUGACGUCCUCAUAGGUCUCAUACAAGGAGCGAUCGUGGCUAUAUUAGUGGUGUUUUUCGUGUCAGACUUCUUCAAAAAGAAAGUGGAACAACGUAAGGAGGCCGAGAUCCCACACACCACCUUGCAAGAGACGCCUACCAACGGAAACCAUUACGACAGCCCGAGCUAAGCUGAAACCUGUGUCGCGUGACCCGAAGAAG